GUUCUUCUGGUGCCGGUGCUGGUGUGGGGGACAUGGAAGGGCUGCCCAUGCUGAGGCAGCUCAUCUCUCAGCUUCACGACUUCUUCCAACUUUACGAUUACUCUUCUCUGCAUCUUCAUCACCAUCAUCUUCUUCACCACCACCAACUCAACAACAACAACAACAACAACAGAUGCUUCCUCAAUGCUGAUGACAGCUCUGUAGAUGAUUAUUAUAGUUUCGUAAUGGCUGCUGAAAGAUCAGGAGGCUUCAAGUUAGUGGAAUCUAACAAGCCUCCACCUUCUAAGAAAUCUCGCAAGGAGAAGAUUCGGGGUAAAUCAUCGGGAAUGACCGGCACCACUGAGGUGAUGGAACAAGAAAUUUGGAAAGAUUUCCCUGAAGACCUUUUUGAAGCAGUUAUUGCAAGACUUCCAAUUGCCACUUUUUUUCGUUUUCGAUCUGUUUGUCGGAAAUGGAAUUCUGUACUUAGCUCUGAAAGUUUCUCUCAGCAAUGUGCCCAGGUUGAACGAGCCAAUCCCUGGUUUUACACCAUCACUCAUGAAAACGUGACUUCCGGGGCCAUCUACGACCCUUCCCUAAAGAAAUGGCACCAUCCUACCAUUUCGACUCUGCCAACAAAGAUGAUCCUUUUGCCAGUGGCUUCAGCAGGGGGCCUAGUAUGUUUUCAUGAUAUCGGGCAUAGGAACUUCUAUGUGUGCAAUCCCCUGACUCAAUCUUUCAAAGAGUUGCCGGCAAGGUCAGUUAAAGUCUGGUCUCGUAUUGCUGUUGGGAUGACGCUAAACAGAAAUUCAAGCAGUAGCAGCGGUUACAAGAUCCUUUGGGUGGGAUGUAACGGCGAAUAUGAAGUUUACGACUCAAUCAACAACUCUUGGAGCCGUCCAGGAAAUAUGCCCUCGAGUAUUAAGCUGCCGCUAUGUCUGAACUUUCGGUCACAAGCAGUUGUCGUUGACGGCACCCUUUACUUCAUGCGAUCAGACCCUGAAGGAGUUGUGUCGUAUGAUAUGGUCAUGGGGGCUUGGAAGCAGUACAUAAUUCCAGCCCCGCAGCAUUUGACCGACCACACACUAGCGGAGUUUGGAGGCCGGAUCUUGCUUGUCGGGCUGCUGACGAAGAAUGCUGCCACGUGCGUGUGCAUAUGGGAGCUACAGAAGAUGACGCUCUUAUGGAAGGAGGUUGACAGAAUGCCAAACAUAUGGUGCUUGGAAUUUUACGGAAAGCACGUUAAGAUGAAUUGCUUGGGUAACAAAGGCUUGCUCAUGCUGUCCUUGAGAUCGAGACAGAUGAAUCGGUUGGUUACGUACAAUGUGUCGAGCAGGGAAUGGCUGAAGGUUCCUGGGUGUGUCGUGCCACGCGGGAGGAAACGACAAUGGAUUGCGUGCGGCACUGCAUUUCACCCGUGCUUGACUGCUGUGGCUUGAUUGAUUAAGCUGUUCUGUGUUUUUUGCUGCUGAAUUUUGGGGAUGGUAUGCUCACUACCAUUCCACAAAGGUUGGCUGAAAGCUUUCGCACUAGCUUAUUUCAGCCUCUGAUUUUCUUAUUGCUUUAUUGAAGUAAACAAUACCAAGGGAUAUCCCUCGUUUAUGUAGAAACUUGAUAAAGUCACGUUGCUUGAAAGACUCUAUUACAUUUCCUACUUUUUAAGGUCAGCUGUAUGCAAAUGAAUCUUCAUAUUGUUAGAUAUGCUCUUCAACAUCUGUUUUCCGAACUUGCUUAAACAAUUCAGUAGUUACGUAUGACUUUUUGUUA